CUCCGCGUCUGCGCAGACGAGGCGUCGGAGGCUGAACCGCGGAGCUGGGAGGUUCUCGGGCCGCCGCGUCCCCGCCCCCGCUGCUUCGGGCCGCCGCUGGCUCGGAGCAGGCUCCGGGCCCGUCCUCCCUCUGGCCGAGGAAGGGGCGGCGCUGGCGGCGGCCGCGAUGCACCCGAAGCUGCUGAAGAACGCGCACUACAUCGAGCUGGGCAGCUACCAGUACUGGCCUGUGCUAGUGCCGCGGGGCAUCCGCCUCUAUACUUACGAACAGAUCCCCGUGUCCCUCAAGGACAACCCCUACAUCACGGACGGCUACCGGGCCUACCUGCCCUCGCGCCUCUGCCUCAAGAGUUUGUUUAUUUUAUCCAAUGAGACAGUAAACAUCUGGAGUCAUUUGCUGGGCUUCUUCCUCUUCUUCACACUGGGUAUAUAUGACAUGACUUCUGUAUUACCUUCAGCAAGAGCUUCUCGAGAAGACUUUGUAAUUUGUUCUAUUUGUCUUUUCUGCUUUCAGGUUUUUCAGGAAAUGCUGAUGUGGUUUCUAAAUGUUAAUAAUUUGUUGAGGGUCUGUAUGCUUUGUUCUGUAGGUUAUCACCUUUUCUCUUGUCAUCGCUCAGAAAAAACCUGUCGGCGAUGGAUGGCAUUAGAUUAUGCAGGAAUCUCUGUUGGCAUACUUGGUUGCUAUGUGUCAGGAGUAUUUUAUGCAUUUUAUUGUAAUAAUUACUGGCGUCAAGUCUAUCUUAUUAUGGUGCUUGCUAUGAUCCUCACCGUCUUCUUUGCUCAGAUUCAUCCCAGUUACCUCACUCAACAGUGGCACAGACUUCGUUCCAUUAUCUUUUGUUCGGUGUCUGGGUAUGGAGUGAUUCCUACUAUUCACUGGGUCUGGCUUAAUGGAGGGGUCGGCGCACCUAUUGUACAGGAGUUCGCACCUCGUGUAAUUGUGAUGUAUGUGAUUGCUCUCGUUGCUUUCCUCUUCUACAUUUCCAAAGUUCCAGAAAGAUACUUUCCAGGACAGCUAAACUACCUCGGUUCUAGCCAUCAGAUAUGGCAUAUACUAGCAGUGAUCAUGUUGUAUUGGUGGCAUCAGUCAACAGUGACUGUUAUGCAGUACAGACACAGCAAGCCUUGUCCUGACUAUAUUCCACAUUUGUGAAUGCAGCUGCCUCACUAGCAGUCAAAGGUUCCGGAAGAGAUGAAGGAAGAGAAGAAUUCUUAAAGGAAAGAAAAG